CGGGCAGCGCGCGAGCUCGGUCAGUCGGCGGCCUGCGCCCUCUGCGCCCGCCCGCUCCGCGCUGCGAGACCGCCACCUGCCACAAACACAUGCCACACACACACACGCGCUAACCUUUGUUAUGGACAAGCGCGCUCCGAGCGCCCGGGGCGAGCCCAUCCCGAGCAUCCUCAAGAAGCCCAAGGGCUGGCGUAAGGGCGACCUCCUCGACAAGAGCACUAAGAUCAAACGCGAGAAGGUGGAGGGCUCCAAGAAUAAGAAUGUGAGCGCGCCGCUGCCGCAGGGCUGCACGCCGCUCAUGUACGCCUGUCAGCAGGCCGACUACAAGGCCGUCGUCGAAAUACUCAACAAGGAUCCAUUAUCAGUGCGCAUCCGUGAUCGCGGAUUACGGUGCGCGUUGCACUAUUGCGCGUCGAGUGGAGCCGGCGCGAAUCAAGCGGCGCGCGCCAACUGCGCGGAUCGUGUGCUCAUGGCCGCGCCGGUGCUAGCUGACGCCCGCGACGCCGAUGGUCUAACGCCGCUUCAUCUGGCCGUCGUACACGGGAAUGUGCCACUCGUGCAGACCUUACUCGCCGCUGGAGCUGACGUCAACUCUAGAGACGACGAGCACCAUACCGUCGUUCAUUGGGCUACUGUGUGUGGAGAAGUAGGUGCUCUGCGGGCAGUAUUAGCGGCGGGGGCAGACUCUGCGACCCCGGACCAGCACGGAGGGUAUCCGUUGCAUUACGCAGCUCAGAUGUGCGGUGCUCCGGCUGCUACUGAUCACCAAACUCGAGGCGCAGCAGAAGUCCUGAGAGCUUUAGUGAAAGAAGGCGGUGCACGAGUUGAUGUACGAGAUGCGGAUGGACGAACACCUUUGCUUUGGGCGGCAUCUGCCGGAUCUGCUGCUGCUGUGCUUGCUUUACAUCAAGCUGGAGCUAAAGUCGACGAUGCUGAUAGGGAUGGUUUGACAGCACUACAUUGUGCUGCAGCACGUGGUCAUACAGAGGCUCUGGAAACUCUACUUGGAUUGUGUGGUGCUCAAGUUGAUGUCGCCGAUUCGCAUGGCUGUACUCCUCUGCAUUACGCCGCAGCUUUGGGUCAUGCAGACUCGACUGCUGCUUUGUUGCAGCACGGUGCCGAUGCUCAUCGCCAGGACAGAAGGGGGCGAAGUCCAGCACAUACUGCCGCUGCUAAAGGGCAAAUCGAGACUAUUCGAAUUCUCGGCGCAAGAGGAGCAAAUUUAUGGCUUAGGAACUCCAAAGGCGAUCUACCACUGCAUGAAGCAGUCGCUUCAGGACGACGAGAGCUGGUUAAAUGGCUUUUAGAUGGAAGGCCGUCUCAAGUCAAUGCAACUAAUCAUGAAGGGCGCACUCCACUCCACAUUGCAGCAGCAACAGAUAAUGCCGACCUAUGUCGUCUCUUAUUAGAUCGCGGAGCGGAAGUCAACUCCGUUGCAAGAUCAUCUAAAAAUGAACCGCUAACUCCUUUAGAUUGUGCAGCAAGUCGUGGUCACCGAUCAACGGCUAAGUACAUUCAAAUGCAUGGUGGUCUUCCCGCUUCAAAAUUAGCAAAUACUCAAAUUAUAAUUGACGGUGCGCAGAUCACUGCUUUACCAACACGUCGUGUUACCAGUACAAAAAUAGAUGUACGAGACAAAAUAAGAAUAGAGAAACGCGAGGUUGUGGAGCUGUCAAGUCCUCUUCAAGAAAGACGCCGCAUAAAAGAUAGAAACGACAGCGAUACAACAAGUUCAUCAUCUCCUGACAGACGCGGAAGGAAGCGAUCAGAUAAUAAAUACUCUGAUAAAUACCAUGAUCGCAGAAAAAGGUUGAUGGAAUCUCAGAAAAGCUUUAGUGAUGGCUAUGAUACAGAACUGGAGGGAUACGAGAGAGAUUCUUACGAUAGAAAACAUAGGAAAGGUUCGAAGAAAAGCAGGUCAAAAAGCGAACCAAGUGAAAGUAGGCGAAGUAAAAGUAGUGCAAAACAACAUCGUUAUCGAUCUAGUUCUGAAUCGUCCCAAGGUAGUGAAAGUUAUUCCGAGAGAAAGAAGAGUAAAUCCCAUAGAAAGCGGAGCAAAAGGAGAACUACUUUCACAACAGAAAGUAGUGAUACGGAGUCAAGUGAGAGGCGAAGUACAAAGCGCAAGGGCAAAAAAACGUCCAUUCAUAUUGAGAACGAUGACGAAAAACAAAGUGUAAAUAUUGUGAAAUAUAAAGGCACAGAUAAUGAACCUAGUGUGACCGAAGGAAACGAAAUUGACGCAAGAAUCAAUGAAGUUGAAGUCAUGAAAGCAGAUACUGAUAAAGAAGACAAUCAACUGAUAAAAAGUAAAACACUAAGCGAAACAGAAACUGAUACACUUUCUGUCAAAACCAACAUGAUUGUUACGGAAGCAUUAAUUCACAUGGAACGUGAAUCGAGUAAGCAAGGUAGUUCGGAAAUAACGGUGAAUAUAGAUUCUUCAAAUAAUGUAUCAAUAGAAACAGCUAAUUUGUCGGUUAUGCAUAAAGACUUGUCAGAAGAAUCUAAAUCUGGCAUAGAAAAAGCUGAAAUCGAAGAUGUGAAUAAGGAAGAUCAGACUUCGGAUUUUACAAGAGCAAAUUCUCAAAAACAAGAAAAUGCCCCUAAAAUACUGCCAGACACUAGUACUUCUACAUUGGAUGAAAACAAAGUCAGUGAAGAAGCGGAGACAGAGAAAACAACAGUAGAAAUCACAGAGGGGAUUCCAACAGCUGUCGAGACAGUUAAAGAUGAUAUAAGCAAAGAAUCUGAAGGUAGUCUACUCCCAGGAGAAGGAAAAUUAAACGAAUCAUCGUCAAAUACUCUUGAAAGAUCUAGAAAAAGAUCCUUCCAAGUUCUAUCUGGCCCAGAAGAUAACGAUAAAGAAAUGACUAUAGCAAGCACAGAUGCAGACGAUAAAACGACGGAUUUACAAGAUAAAAGUGGUUCACCAACAGUGUCUUUUGCAAACAAAGACGAGAUAUUCGAGAGUAAGGAUUCUAGUAAGAUUACCGAUUUAAUGGGCGAGGAAGUAGAUCAUAGCUUAGUAGGACCUCAAACAGGUGACAAUUUUGAUAAUUCACAAAAUGACAGCAGCAAUAUAGUUACAUCAGAAGAAAAACGCAAAGACUAUGCCUCCACUACCGGUAGCAGUACAGAAGCAACACAGAAUGGCGAGAAAGGUCUUGUCACUAUAAUUGAUGGUCAUGUUUUACCAAGCGAUCGUGCUGUACAGCAAGUUAUUAUGGAAAAUUUGUCGGAAGAUUACGACGUAAAUUUGCCACUUGCUCAAGCUUCACCUAAACGAGUCAGGAAAACUUCAAAGGAAAGUCAAAUAAGUAGCAGAAAGAGCAGUAUUUAUGAGACUGAAAGUUAUAAGGUUCUAUCAGACAUAGCCAGUGCACCUGAUACUGGAAGUUCUGGAAUUCUUAAGAAAGUUUCGAAAUUAGACGUAGCCGUAGGUUCGCUGGAAGAUGAAAACGAUCCCUUUGAAAAUAAACUUGCGAAAGAAGGCUUUAUUGGCAGAGUUCCGAGUGUAAGUGAUAAUGAAAUUUACAGCCAUUCUGAGGUCAAUGGCCGCCGUAAAAGAUUCCGGAAAAAAGGUAGGACCAAAAGCCGAACUACGAUUAGAUCUAAAAGUGAAAAUUCCGAAAGAGGAUACGAGUCGAGUGGUUUGAUGGAUUCAGGUUUUGAACCAAGUCCCAGAGCAAUGCAACGUCGUAUUAUGAGCCCUCGCCUUGCAGCUUAUUAUCAGCAAAGAAACGCAAGCGGAAGGUUUUCUGGCAAGUCAGAUUCUCGUAUACCUGUACGAAAACCAGGGGACAAAAAUGCGGUUGAUAUGAAAUCGGUAACGCAACGCAUUCAAACCAAUAUGAGGAGGUAUUACUGCGAAAGGAAGAUUUUCCAACAUUUACUGGAACUAAAGCGAUUACAAAUAAGAACCAGCAAAGCAAACGAGGCCGUGUUGGUGAAAAGAGCAAUAGAUGAGUACAAUACAUCUAGUCUAUCAAACGUCGGAUUGGGCCCUUACAAUAACCCAGAUUUUUCCUUCAGUAGCUUCGAAAAAUUUCUGUAUGAAAGCUUAAGAAAGUUACAAAAAAGUGGGAAGAAACAUUUAGAAAAUCUCCCACUUAAAUCUUUAGACUUUGACUACGGGGAAAGUGAGCUGUAUAAAAUGUCGGCCAUUCCAGAUAAUCCUUGUCUUUGUACAAGCAAAACACACCGGUGUUUUCAUGCUGUUCAUGCUUACACCGGUGUACCUUGUUCUGCAUAUAUACCGUACAAGUGGGACCACCAUACUAUGCCGAAGCCAGCGACUGCCGGACCAAGUACGAAGUCAAAAGGAUUUUUGCCGAAGAUAAAUUCCAAACCCCCGCCAGGCAAAGCACAUGUAACUUUAGAAGUAUCUCAUGGUACAGAGAGACAGCUUAUUGCUUUGCCAGCAGAGAAACUUGAUAAGAACAAAAGAUAUUACGUGACUUUCACUGUUAAAGGUUCAGAACCUCCUUCGGACAAUGACAAUGCGUCACCGAAAAUUACAACCAAUGUGAAAAGCGGCUAAUAUACUUCUAUAGCUUUCUUCAAAGCUGCGGCCAAUAUCAACCAGGCGCGUUUCACUGCCAGAUUUUGGUAAUCACAUUGUUCUAAUACCUUAUCGAAAUAUUUUUUUAUUAUUUAUUUGCAGAAAUAUAAUUAUAAUAUUAUUUACUGUAUUUACAUAAUUCGACUGAAAGAGUCCGUCCAAACAACUUAGAAUCAAUCCCUAUUUUUCUAAACAUGUAAAAGGUAAAAAUAUAUAUUUGAAUUUCAGAUUAUGAGAAUUUAUCUUAAAUAUUUGUAUACUGCUAUUAAUAAUAUUAAUCCUAUUUCUAAUCUAUCAUUAUGUAG